AUGGGGGAACGAGGACAAAGGCGCCGAGGGAGCUGCUGGUGGGUUGCCGGGAUUUCAUUGCUAUGCUUUGUGGAGCUGAUUUUGGCUCAGCUAAGGUACUCUGUUCCAGAAGAAGUUCAAGUUGGAUCCUCAGUUGGAAAUGUUGCCAAGGAUUUAGGGCUUGACAUUAGCUCUUUGACAGGCAGAAGAUUUCGUAUUGUUUCGGGUCCAAAUCACGCUCUGUUUCAGCUGAAUCAGAACAAUGGAGUGCUCUACGUUGGCAAAAUUAUGGACCGCGAGGAGCUAUGUGAUGGAACCAAGGUUUGUUUGAUAAACCUAAAAGUCGUUGUUGAAAACCCGCUGGAAAUACAUUACGUUGGAGUUGAAAUAACCGAUGUUAACGACCAUUCACCGACUUUUCCAGACACCGCACAGCGAUUGCAAAUAGCAGAGAAUACUCCUCCAGGUACUCGUUUCCAAAUUCAUGCCGCCAGAGAUCCUGAUUUCGGGACACAGUCAGUGCGAUUAUAUAAACUAAGUCCUAAUGAUUUUUUUGAUAUUGAAGUCAGAGACAGUGAAGAAGACAAGAUACCGUUUAUAGUACUGAAGAAGCCUUUAGACAGAGAGCAAAAGGUAGAGCAUCGUUUGGUGUUAACUGCUCUUGAUGGGGGGAGUCCCUCUAAAUCUGGAAACCUUAAUUUAACUAUCACCGUGCUCGAUGCAAAUGAUAAUCGACCAGUGUUCAGCAAAGAUGUAUAUACUGUGUCAUUAGAUGAAAACGCCCCGAUAGGAACCCUUGUAAUAAAAUUAAACGCUACAGAUUUAGAUGAAGGCUCAAACAGCGAAAUUGAGUACAGCUUUGGAAAAACACAAAAGAAAAAAGUGCAUGACACCUUUGAAUUAGACAGUGUCACUGGUGAGAUUCGAGUGAAAGGAAAAAUUGACUUUGAGGAAACUGAGCUUUACAGACUAGAUUUGCAGGCUUCAGAUAAAGGCCAGCCACCGUGGACAGCCGAAAGUAGAGUGGUCAUAAAAAUAAAAGACGUGAACGAUAAUAAACCAGAGAUUGAAGUGACAUCAUUGUCCAACUUAAUCCCUGAGAACUCAAAGCCUGGAACUGUUAUCUCUCUCAUCAGUGUAACAGACAGAGACUCAGGGCUUAAUGGAAAAGUGAUUUGUAAAAUGUCUGAUGAUGUCCCGUUUGAUUUGACUCCCUCCAUUGAGGAAAACAUGUAUUCUCUUGUCACAAAGGGGCGGUUAGACCGAGAAACUGUGUCUCAUUAUGACAUCACAAUAACAGCCACUGACUGUGGUGAACCUCGACUUUCGACUGUAAAAACCUUAAGUGUUCAGGUGUCAGAUGUAAAUGACAACAUUCCAGUUUUCAGUCAGAAUCCGUUUGAACUUUACUUGGUGGAAAACAACACUCCUGGUGCAUCAAUAUUUUCUGUCAGUGCUUCUGAUAACGAUCUGAAUGAAAAUGCAGCAAUUACAUACCACAUUGUGAGGGGUGAUGGGCAGCAGGGUGACAUGACGUCUUUCCUGAAUGUCAAUUCGGAAAACGGACAAAUUACAGCGCUGAAAAAUUUCGACUUUGAGACGCUAAAAACGUUCCAGUUCCAAGUGGUUGCCACAGAUUCUGGAGCUCCGUCACUCAGCAGCAACGUCACAGUCAACGUGUUCAUUCUGGAUCAGAACGACAACGCUCCAGUCAUCCUGUAUCCACUCAGCUCCAACGGCUCUGCUGAAGGUGUGGAGGAGAUUCCCCGCAAUGUCAACGCAGGACACUUGGUCACCAAAGUCAGAGCCUAUGACGCUGAUAUAGGAUAUAACGGAUGGUUGCUCUUCUCACUGCAGGAACUCACUGACCACAGUCUCUUUGGUCUGGACCGAUAUACAGGACAGAUCAGAACACUUCGCUCAUUCACAGAGACAGACGAGGCUGAGCACAAACUGGUCAUACUGGUCAAAGACAAUGGAAACGUUUCACUCUCAGCUACAGCUACUGUCAUUGUCAAACUUGUGGAGCCCAAAGAGGCUUUUGCAGCUUCUGAUGUCAAAAGUGCAGCAAAAGUUGAUGAUGACGACAACGUGACUUUUUAUCUAAUGAUAACUUUGGGCUCAGUUUCUGUACUUUUUCUCAUCAGCAUCAUCGUGCUGAUUGCAAUGCAGUGCUCCAAAUCCACAGACUAUACUUCUAAAUAUCUGCAAGAGACUAAUUAUGAUGGGACACUGUGUCACAGCAUCCAGUACAGAUCUGGCGACAAACGCUACAUGUUAGUUGGACCCAGGAUGAGUAUAGGAUCUACUAUAGUACCUGGAAGUCAUGCAAAUACACUGGUGCUCCCUGACAGGAGGAGGACAUCUGAGGAGAGUCGUUUUGUUCAGGUCGACAGUGAGGAGACGGUACCCGCAACAGAAUGA